UGCUGUUUGACAACAGGAGGAGCUGACAGCCGAAGAAGCGACAGGUGAAUGAUUUACAACAUCCAAAUUUCACCUGUCCAGCACUUCAUUAUAUUAAUGAAACCAAAACCGAUCCUGUUCGUCUGUUUGCGGCUUUGGGCCUCCAACUAAAAUUAACAUAUUGUUGCCUAAAGAGUUGCCAAAAGGAGUAACCCGCUACGGAGGAGCCUUGAUUAGCAGGUCAGUCACAGGUAGAGCAGCAUCAUCGAAGCAGGAAGCAUGUUGUCGGGGGAGGAGAUCCUGUGCAGCACGCAGCAGGUGAUCGCAGGGCUGGAAGCUCUGAAAGGGGAGAACCACAGUUUGCUGGACGACCUGCAGGAGGCGAUGGAGAGCCACCCGGCGUCUCACAGCGGCGGCGGCGGCGUGGAGCAGGAGAAGAGCAGCAUCAUCCGACAGUCGCUGGAGAGGAUCGAGCUGGGGCUGAGCGAGGCACAAGUGAUGAUGGCUCUGUCGUCUCAUCUUGGCUCACUGGAAGCAGAGAAGCAAAAGUUACGAGCUCAGGUGCGCCGUCUCGUUCAGGAGAACCAGUGGCUGAGGGACGAACUCGCCGGCGCUCAGCAGCGGCUGCAGGACAAGGAGCAGGAGGUCGUGACCCUGGAGGAGCAGAACAAACACCUGCAGUUCAUGUCCUCCAUACGCAAAUACGACCAGGAUGAGCCGCCUCUGGAUGAGAAAGAAACUUCCUCCAACAAGGAGUCUCUGGAUGAUUUGUUUCCUGCUGAAGAUGAGGAACCGUCCCAGAUUUCCCAGCCUCAUCACAGCAGCGCGGCGGCGGCGGCCCAGCAGGGCGGCUACGAGAUCCCCGCCCGCCUCCGAACGCUCCACAACCUGGUCAUCCAGUACGCGUCUCAAGGUCGCUACGAGGUCGCCGUGCCGCUCUGCAAACAGGCUCUGGAAGACCUGGAGAAGUCCUCCGGCCACACACACCCGGACGUAGCAACCAUGCUCAACAUCCUGGCUCUGGUGUACAGAGAUCAGAACAAGUAUAAAGAGGCAGCGAACCUGCUGAACGAUGCGUUGGCGAUCAGAGAGAAAACUCUUGGCAUGGAUCAUCCGGCUGUGGCAGCUACACUGAACAACCUGGCUGUGCUUUAUGGUAAAAGAGGAAAAUACAAAGAAGCGGAGCCGCUUUGUAAACGAGCGCUGGAGAUCCGAGAGAAAGUUCUGGGUACGGACCACCCCGACGUGGCCAAGCAGCUCAACAACCUGGCGCUGCUGUGCCAGAACCAGGGGAAGUACCAGGAAGUGGAGCAGUACUACGAACGUGCUCUGCACAUCUACCAGAGCAAACUGGGACCGGACGACGCCAACGUGGCGAAAACCAAGAACAACCUGGCAUCAUGUUAUCUGAAACAGGGAAAAUACAGACAAGCGGAAGCGCUUUACAAAGAGAUUCUGACCAGAGCUCAUGAAAAAGAAUUUGGAUCUGUGGAAGGAGACGGCCGUCCCCGCUGGUCCAACAUGGAGGACGGCGGCACCGCGCAGGACGGACUGAAGCGCAGCAGCUCCUUCACCAAACUCCGGGAGUCGAUACGCCGGAGCAGCGAGAAGCUGGUCCGCAAGCUAAAAGGAGUCGGGAUGGAGGAGGUGACCCCGAGGAAUGCUGGGAUGAAGAGGGCGAACUCUCUGAACGUGUUGAACGUUGGAGCCAGAGAAAAUCUCAAUGGCACCCAGUCCAGCCACCUGGUGGACAGUCGAGGCCUGAGCUGCAGCACGCAGAGCCUGAACAGACGGGGAUCGCUCGGUGGGACCAGCUAACACACACAUAACACAAAUCAUUUAAAUACAAGAAAAACUGAUGGAUUGUUUAAAAACUGGACUCAAAAAUGCUGCUGUGAAUCAGCAUCAAGAGGAUUCCCCAUCAUGAGUCUCCGAAAGAUGGUCGCUGCAAAGUGGGGGUCAAAGGUCAAAUUUGACUAUAGCAGAGUUAUCCUGACCAGCAACAAGGUUUAAGUCUGUCUGCAACAUUUCCUUUACUUGCUCCUGUUUUCUUAAUUGUGAGAAUCAAGUUUAACAAUUUUUAACGCUAAAUCUUAAAAACAAAACAAAAUAAUCUAUUUAUUCUUUUUACAACCAAGAAAAAAUCUAAAA